AUGGAGCUCUCCUCAGCCCCUCUCCACAAAGGGCAGCUACCCUGGUUUUCCUCUUCCCUCUUAGCCUCACUUUUGAUCUACUGGAGCUCUCCCACCACGGCCCAAGUCACUGUGGAGGCAGUUCCGCCCCAUGUUGCUGAAGGGGCGAAUAUUCUUCUACUUGUCCACAAUCUGCCAGAGACACCUCAAGUCUUUUACUGGCACAAGGGAGAAAAUCCGGAUAACAGUAACGAAAUUGCACAUUUUAUAGUGUCAGCUAAUAUAAAUACAUCAGGGCCUGCACACAGUGGCAGAGAGACGAUAUACCCCAAUGGAUCCCUGCUCUUCCAGAACGUCACUCAGAAAGACACCGGAGCCUACACGUUGCAAAUGCUAAUGCAAAGCUAUGAUACUAUGAAAGCAUCCGUGCAGUUCCAUGUCCACCAGCUAGUGACUACACCCUCCAUCCAAGUCAGCAACUCCAUAGUCAAAGAAUUUGACUCUGUGUCCCUGAGCUGCUUCUCAAAUGACACUGGGAUCUCCAUCCAUUGGAUCUUCAAUGGCCAGAAUCUGAGGCUCACACAUAGGAUGAAGCUACACUGGACCAACAAAAUCCUCCGCAUAUUCCCUGUCAAGAGGGAGGAUACUGGAAAGUAUCAGUGUGAGGUCUCCAAUCCAGUCAGUUCCAAGAGGAGUGACCCCAUCCAGCUGGACAUAAUAGAUCUGGGCUCCUCUGACAACUCUCCUAACGAGGUGGAUCACGUGGUAUACACCGUCCUGAACAUCAACAGCCAGACACACAAACUACAAUCUUCAAGAGCCACAGAAACAGUUUAUUCAGAAGUACAAAAGAAGUGA